CAUCUCGCUUAUGCAGAUCCCUACGUGUUAGCUUAGGAAUUGUACCACGGCGGAUUGGCUUCAAUUUGCUGCGCAAUGUUGCGCAGAGGACAUCCUUAGGUGCGGGAGCGCCACUGCGCCCCGUGUCGAAUUACAAAUUGCAAAUUGCACACGACAUGAUCGUUCUGUUGAUGGAACACAUCCCACCCUACAGCUUUCCUUGCACGGCGGCUUGUCCUUGCUACCUUUCAGUGCUUUCUUUCGCUUAAAAUGCUCUGUGAUAGACUGCACGUCUCAUCGCGGCGCUGCAUCGGCCGUCAAACUGCCACCAGCUCGUCGUCGCCAUCAACGGCUGCCACCAUGAGCUGGCCACAAGCCACGCACUUCCCAACCAGCGUCCGACCUCGCCAGCCUGCAUCAGAUGUUUUCUGGCCCGCAGCGGUGGCCAGAUCUACCUCCCGCGCCACUCAAACCGCCUCGGCCGCGAGCUCUGCCGUACAACCAACUCACACCCCUGCUUGGCCCGCAGCACCUCGCCUGCACCCCUGCCGCCGCCUAGCACUAGCCGCACACUCCCGCCCUACCAGCAGCACCACACUCGCAGCACCGCCCUCUCCCGCAUCUGCAGCUGCUGCGGCACCCCGCUUCGGGCCGCCGCUGCCAGCCAACCCCAGCGGCCACCUCUGCCUACCGCUGCUGCCGCUGCAGCUGCCGCCCCACCACACCGGCCAUUUCGGAAGGCGGCAGCGCUGCUGGUCCGCCGUCAGCUCGGAGGUGGUGACCGCCCCCUCAAUCGAGGGCGGCAGCAGCGGUGGGACCAGCAGGGGCGCCGGUAGCAGGAAAGGUGAGGGUGAGGGUGGCAGUGGCUCCUCUAGCGCUGGCCAAGGCAAUGGCGACGGCACUGCUGGCAAGCCCGGCAGCGGGGUGGGGGUCACGGGCGGUAGCGGCCGGAGCAGCAGCAGGGCCCGACGAGGGGCCCGGCCCCGCGGGCAGUCCGCCCCAGGUGGUGCGAGAGGCGGCCCCUCGCACAACGGCAGCAGCAGCGGAGAAGGAGGAGGAGGAGGAGGAGGAGGAGGCGGAGGUGAAGGUAAUAGCGGCGGCACCACCGGGACAAAGGGCAGCAACAGCAGCGGAGGAGGCGGAGGUGUUAGCGGCACCACCAGGACUAAGGGCAGCAGCAGCAGCGGAGGAGGCGGAGGUGUUAGCGACACCACCAGGACUAAGGGCAGCAGCAGCAGCGGAGGAGGCGGAGGUGCUAGCGGCACCACCGGGACUAAGGGCAGCAGCAGCAACGGAGGAGGCGGAGGUGGUAGCGGCGUCACCGGGACUAAGGGCAGCAGCAGUAGCAGCGGCAGCAGCAGCACUAGCAACACCGCACAUGCGAGUAGCCCCACCACCGACCCAAACGACAGCAGCAGGGGGGAGGGGAACGGGCGUGGCCAGCGCCACAGCGGUAGUGGCGGCGGCGGCAGUGGGGUUGCGGCUGGGGCUGGUGGCAGGAAAGCGGAGGGGAGCAGGAGCAGCAAAGGCAGCGGGAGCAGCAGUGGUGGUGGUGGCGGCAGUGGCGGCGGUGGCGGCGGGUCCCCAGAAGCCACAAUCGUGGAGCGGGCGAGGGCAUGCCGCUCCAUCGCCCAGCUGGUCGCCCUGUACGACACCGCACAGCGGGAGUACAACAACAACACCAACAGCACCAUCGCGCGGAGUACGACAGGAGCGACUGGGGCGGCGGGGGGUCAGCCAGCAGCAGC